AGAAUAGACUAACAUGGCUGCGCCCAUGGAAAACAUGCGAUAAUUGUUUACAAACUUAAGCACUGUUCACACCUGUUGUAUUUGAUCAAAGUUGAUGUUUUAUGUUUCCCUUUGCGUAGAUAAGAAAUGGGUGAAUUUCGAGUACAUCACAUAAGAUUUUUUAAUUACCAACCACUUGCCAUACAUUGUAUAGAUUAUAAUAAAGAAUUAAACAGAGUAGCUGUGUCUAGAUCUGAUGCAUCAAUAGAAAUCUGGAGCAUUGGAGAUGACUGGUACCAGGAAAAGAUAAUUCCAGGUAGUGAAUCAAGGUCAGUUGAAGCCAUCUGCUGGCAGGGUUCAAGGUUAUUUUCUGCAGGAUUAGAUGGUAAUGUGACAGAAUAUGACUUAAAGAAAUUGAAACCAAAGGAACUGGCGCCUUCAAAUGCUGGACCAAUAUGGUGUUUAUGUAAAUGUGCGACUCAACAGUUGUUAGCUGCAGGAACAGAGGAUGGAUGUGUUGUAUUGUUUAGUACACAGGAAGAUUCACUAAUGUAUCACCAGGCAUUUGACAAACAAGAAGGUAGAAUAUUAAGUAUAGCAUGGCAUCAAACAGAAGAUUUAAUAGUGACAGGUGGGGUAGAUAAUAUAAGGAUAUGGAGUAUUAACUCAGGCCAUGCUAUACAGCGACUGACACUCGGCAGACAAGAGAGAAAUAAAGAAACCAUUGUUUGGUGUGUCGCUGUUACAAGUGAUUUCACUAUAAUCAGUGGAGAUUCCAGGGGAAAGACAUCAUUUUGGAAUGGAAAGCAAGGAACACUAAUAAAGACAUACCAGAGUCACAAAGCAGAUGUUCUAUGUUUAACUUUGAAUGAGGAAGACAACAAGGUUUAUACUUCUGGUGUAGAUCCAUCCAUUGUAGCCUUUGAAUAUACAACAGCUAAUAUAGAGAGUGAUUGGAAGUUAUGGGUCAAAUCAGAUGUUUAUCACUUUCAUACUCAUGAUGUUAGAGAUUUGGUUGUUGCAGGAGAUAAAAUUGUUUCCGGAGGUGUUGAUACAAACUUGGUUGUUGCUCUGGCAAAGGAAAUAAAAGGUGUAAAACAUAGGCGGAAAUAUCCUGGAUUUCCUAGUUAUUCCAUGGUUAAAGUAGCUUCUGAGGCCAAAGUCGUCAUGUUACAAUAUGCAGAUUACUUAGAAGUUUGGAAACUUGGACACACCACUAAAAAUUCAGAUAAAAGUGGUGAAAUAUUACCAUUGAUGUCAAAACCAAUCAAAUUGUUACAACUGAAGACCAAAGAUAGUGAAAGAAUUGUUUGUUGUGCAAUAAAUAAGACUGCUGAAUAUCUGGCUUAUAGUGAUCAAGAUACAGUCAAAAUAUACUCAUUAUCAAUGGAUAACCAAUAUGCAAUGACACCACAAGUUACAUUAAAGAAGGUUAAAAGUAAAUCUAGUCUUUCACCAGCACAUAGAAUGCAGUUUAAUCAUGCUGGGCGGAGCCUUAUCACUGUGACUGACAGCACAGAAAUACAAGCCAUCAGUCUUGAAGGCAGUGAAGCAGUAAUUACAGCUUCCAUUCCACCAUUGUCAGAUGAUGUAGACUCUGUCCAUUUGUUAUGUGUAAGUCCAGAUGACACAAUGGUAUGUUUAGCAGAUCAUACUAGAAGUAUGCUCAUCUUUAAUUUAGCAAAACAACAGAUUCACUGCAGAUUACCAAGGUAUAGUUGCCAAGCAACUGCGAUAUGUUUUAAUUCUGAUGGAAGUAAUUUGUUGAUAGCAUAUGCAGACCAAAAGAUUUAUGAAUAUAACUUAGAAACAGAAGAAUAUACAGGAUGGUGUAAACAUCAUUGUUUGAAGUACCCAAAACAAUGGCUUACAAGGCAUAGUAAAAUCAUAAAUAUACAGCAGCACCCCAACGACCAUAAUAAAAUUAUAUUUCAUGAUGAGCAGAUGCUGUGUGUAUUAGAUAAAUCACAGCACUUUCCAAGAGUAGAUGCUCCUUUGUUCAGUUAUUCCACAUGGCAACAUCAGGAUCAAAUACCAUCAUCUACAGCAUUUCAUAUCAGUAGUAAAUACAAGUUUUUGUUACAUUUAGAGGCAAUAAAGGAUAAUUGGUUAGUGGCUGUAGAGAAAACACCAUUAACAUUGACUGAAUCAUUACCUCCCACACUGAAGGAGAAAAAGUUUGGUACAUGAUAAUAAAAAUUAUAAUUUUG